CUUCGCACCGCACGAACGCUUCACUAGUCAACACCAGCCUUUGAACAGUCACGGAAAAGGAGAAAGAGAGCAGCGACAGAGGGAGAACGCGAGGGAGAAAGAGAGAGAGAGAGAGAGAGAGAGAGAGACGGGGAGAGCGAGGGUAGAAGGGAAUGAAGCCGUCCAGGACGCUUUCUCGACAGCAGCAACCGCAGAGUCAGCCCGAGGUCAAUCUGGCAGUCCCAAGAAAGACGACGAUGGCGUCUCCUUCCGCUCUGGCCGAAGGGCCUUCACCGACGCAACUGGCCUUUGCCGUGGCUCAUCCGAUAGCCUCUCUCGCCAAGAUUGCUUCGGACCAUGGCCUCUCGCACGACUCGGGCGUCUCUUUCAACAGCAACUCACUCCCCAAGGCCAAAAGACCGAAGAAGGGCAUGUCGCUACAGCAGAACUUGUCGACUUCCCUGGCUGUGCCGCACGGAGAGACAAGUGGCUCGAUUCCCGAGCCCAGCACGAGCAGCAGCGGCAGCAGCAGUCUCGACGUCACCGCCAUCGACGAGGGAGCGAGCACCACAAAGAUGGUCAGUGAGAGUCCUGGUACGACGGCGGCAUUUGACGCCCGCGACGACACUUGGGCCGACGUGGCGCGGCAUGUCAAGCCCUUUGGCGACACACUGAGACAUGAUCGACUGCGCUCCACGCUGGGAAAAACGGAGCUGAGCCAGCACUGCAUCAAGCUCAUUGACAUCUCCGUCACGACCCUCAAAGAUGGCCAUUUUGACGUCGCCGCCACCGCCACCGCCGACGAGCCUCGCUCGCCGCUUGACUCGAGCCUGUAUGAGGCUCAGACGGAGCUCCUGAGGGUGCUUGGUAACCUCUGCAUCGAUGACGACGUCAACAGGACCGCUCUUCUGGAGGAAAAAGGGUGGAAGAGCAUCGUCGACCUCUUGGAAAUGAUCCUGGAGCACAGCAACGGGCGCGCACCGACGUUUUCCAUGCAGGUCCUCACGCUACUCCGAAGCGCGACAGGUGCAUUGCUCAACAUGCAGCUCGACCACAGUGAGACGCGCCUGGCGAUGCGCAGAGACAUCUCGGCGGUGCGCACGCUACUCGCGCUGGCCACCAGCCAAGCAGUCUACGUGCCGGGCGAGUGGAUCGAGGAGAAGCUGCUGAGGGACAGGGUACCUGGUGGCUGGCAAGACGCAGGCGCAGUGGAUGUCAAACCAGAAAGCGAGGAGGAGGAAGAGAUGAAGGUCAUGACAAAGAUGGGUGCCAGCAUCGUCACUUGGGCGUGGAAGAUCUUGCAGGACAUUUGCACCAGCGAAGAGCAGGACAACAAAGGAAGCCCGGACGCCGAGGCCACCGAUGAUGCUGCCACGGCUGCUGGCCACGGUCAGGGCCAUGGUCAAGAUCCACAAGACCGAGUCGACACUCCCUCGACGAGACAGGGGAGCGACAGCGAUAGCGAAAAGCCAAUCGAGGCUCUCGUUGCAGCUGGCGCUGCCCACCUGCUCUACCUGCCCCUCUUGUCCUUCCUCCCUCCCGCUGCCGGGCCGGACCAGGAGGCAAAGACGGGAGAUGAACCAGAGUCAGAUCUGACGGCAAGGUGGUAUGCCGACGACGUCUCGGACCUCAUUGAUUACGACAUCGACAUUGUCCAGCUCGCCUCUGAGCUCAUCGAAAGCGCCGCCUUGGAUUCGGCUUCAUUCCGUGAAGAAGCCCUCUCCUCCAAGUCUCACCCUCGCCUCUCCAGCUCCGACGAUCGAAGGAUGCGGACUGGCCGAUCGCCGGCGCGAUGGCACUGUGCCCUAGAAGCCAUGAUGGCCAUUCUCGACGAGGCAGAUCCCCCGCGAGAAUGGUCGACAGAAUCGCUCUCGUCUGGCCACAGCGGCCCUCCGCCUCCGAGUGAACCCGAAUCGGCACAGGAGGCUUCGUCUACCUUUUCGCGCACCAAAGCUGCCAUGGCUAGAGCCAUUGUGGCUGUUUCUGGCGAGGACGCCAACAUGGCCAAGCUGUUUGGAAAGGGCGAGCAGGGAGGAAAGAGCUGGUUCAUCGAGACGCUCAAACGGUGGAUGGCCCGAAACGUCAGUGAGAGGGACGAUCUUGUGAGCACAGCCAUGCUCAGCAUGGGCAACCUCGCAAGGACAGACGACCACUGCCUCGCCCUCGUGCAAGACCACGGACUCGUGCCCCCGCUCACCCAGCUCAUCACCCCCGACGCCGACAUCAAGGUUGCCCACGGCGUCGUUUCGCUGCUCAAGAAUCUCUCCAUCCCCGCAGCCAACAAGCUCGUCAUUGGGUCCGAGAACAAGGCAGUCACGCUUGUUGCUCCUUACCUCGGUCCGGCAAAGGACCACGUCCAGCCGCUGCAGUUCGCCACCGUCGGCCUCCUCAAGCACCUCUGCUCGGGCUGCACUGAAAACUCGCUCAACUUCGUCACGGAGUCGACGACGGGAAGCAAAGACAGCGUUCUGGACUCGCUGCUCGACCUCGUACAGCGGUCAGACGACGUGCCGACAAAGAUGGAGGGCACGCGCAUCCUCGUCAAUGCCAUCAAGACACUGUGGUCGUCCAAGGAAGACGCUCGCUCGUCCAUCACUGCUCAUACCAAGCUGCAAGCCAGGACUCGGCUCGUCUCUGCUGGUGUAGCAGGCGCGCUCUGCGAGAUGGUCAGGAACAGCCCCAAAUACCCCGUCCUCGUCAAUGAAGGCAUCAUGUCGCUAGCGCUACUCGGGAGCGAAGGCAGCAAAGGAUCCCGGCUCGUGGCCCGCGCCUUAUUGGCCGAUCCUACCGAGGGUGUGCUCGACGAGGAACCAGAAGCCCUUGCAUCAGGCGAGCAAGGAGCAGUGGCGUCGUCACCGGCCAAGUCGCUCACGACCCCUGCCACCGCCCAAAGCCGGAAGCCACCGUCGCGAAGACCAACGAAUGAUUCGCUGGCGAGCAAGUCGUCGCAGCCACCGCCGCCGCCGCCGUGCUGUGCUGACAUGGUAUCCAAUGUCUUGGCCCGUCGGGACGCGAGGAUGCCACCGCAAUUCGCCAGCAAUGCGUGCAGCCUCAUCUACGGCCUCGUCGAGGCCGACAAGCGGUCUUCAACCUCGUCCACUCCCACCUCUGCUGCUACCACUACUGCUGCUGCAGUAGCCUCAGGACGGGAUCAAGACGAUCCAUUGCGCAAGUUGCUGUCCGUGCUUCGACCCAGCUUGAUCCACCUUGCAGACCAGGGUCCCCAAGAGAGCCUCGAGAGUGCACAGAGAGCCCUCAAGGCUGUGGACGGCGCUCUCUCCUCUCGCGUUUAGAACCAUGCUGUCCCUCUUCCUCAUUUCUCCUCCAGUUUCGUACAUACAAAUGCUGUUCCCCUUCUCAAACACACCUGUAAACCUCUCUUUCAUUUCAAUCAUUGGCUUUCUCUCCUUCC